UGUCCCCUAUCUCUUCUCGAAUCGUCCAUAUAAUCUCUCAUUUGUCCCCUAAUCCUUGUCUCUAUUUUGUUUGGACUCCUGACAACUACACGCCAUGGUCAGCAGAUUUCUCAUCGGUGCUGGUGCAGUGCUCUCGCCUCUUCUCGUGUCCGCCUCUCCCUCAGCAAAGCGCGGCCUCAUCUUUAUCCCCAACUCAACCACACUGCAGGACAACUCCAUCUGGGUUCAGACAGGCUCGGAUAUUAGCUGGUACUACAACUAUGGCAACCUGCCCAGCUCGGAUUAUGCGUCCAUACCGCAGUCUCGCUUCGAAUUUGUACCCAUGAUGUGGGGAGUUGGACCAAACCCUUCUCAGGACACUGCUUUCCACGACAGCAUUGUCAAUCUGAUCAACACCGGCACGCCCAUCUCACAUGUCUUGGCUUUCAACGAGCCCGAUGCCCCUUCUGCUUGGGGCGGCAGUGAUGUAACGCCCGCCAACGCCGCUCUUGCUUGGAUCGCCAAUUUCGUUCCUCUACAAAAUCUCGGUGUCAAACUGGGACUCCCGGCUGUAACCGGGGCUUCUUCUGGAUUCGAUUGGACGCAGCAGUUCCUGGCAAACUGUACCAACAUCCUUAAAACGCAGUGCCCGUAUGACUUCAUCCCUCUGCAUUGGUACGACAACUUGGGGGGGCUAGAGAGCCACAUUGGCCAAUAUGCCGCGGCAUUCCCUGGCAAGAAAAUCUGGGUGACCGAAUACGCCUAUGCCAAUCAGGAUCUCCCCACCACGCAGCAAUUCUUCAACCAGAGCGCAAGCUACAUGGACGGCCUCAGCUAUCUGGAGCGUUACAGCUACUUUGGCGCCUUCCGGUCCGACGUUAGCAACGUCGGGCCCAACGCCACCUUUUUGAACAACGCGGGACGCCUGCCCGACAUUGGAUCUUGUAUCUUGGAUUGGCCUGACUGGCGUGAUUCCUACAUCUGGCUAGAUGCUUGA